GUUCGCUAUUUCUGGCCAUUGAAUGCUGAUAGCCGCAGAGAAUUUGAUAAACUAUGGCAAGAAGUUAUUAACCAAUCUGGAGGAAAGCCCACUUACAAUGCCAUCUCUGUGAUGUUUGGAAGGGCUCUGAUGGUGCCUGAAAGCUGCAGUGGAGUGGCGAGAUUCAACUUUGACUAUCUAUGUGGGCGUGCGACUGGUGCAGCAGAUUACAUUGCGAUUGCUAGGAAUUAUCACACCGUUUUCAUUUCCGAUAUUCCUGUCAUGAGCAUGAGGAUUAGAGACAAGGCUAGAAGAUUUAUUACUCUCAUUGAUGAGCUCUAUAACAACCACUGCUGCCUUUUCUGUUUAGCAGAUUCCUCAAUUGAGGAUCUGUUUGUAGGAACUGAUGAGGGAACACUUUUUGAUCUGGAGAGUUUCCAGUUUGAGACAGAGACCGAAAGUGUGAAACUACGGAGAGAUGUUUUAGCUGCAGUUAGUGUUGGCUUGGGACCUACAUCUACAGGAAUUACAUCUUUAAUGUCAGGCCAAGAAGAAAUGUUUGCCUUCCGUAGAGCUGUCUCCAGGCUGAUCGAAAUGCAGAAGCCUCUUUACAUCGAAAGCGCUCGUCUUUUACAUCCUAUGUAUCCGCGGCAUACCCAUCUACAAAGUGAGAAUUUUCUGAAGGCAGGUAUUCAAUUGGGAGACAACUUGUGAAAACAACUGUGCUGC